AUAAGCUUUAGUUUCCUGCAGUCACUCUGCCAAGUAUCACUGCUUCACAAAGGACCUAAAAAAAUCACUAACAUAACCUAAAUUCCAGCAAAAAUGGAAACCAACUUCACAACACCUUUUACUAUUUCUCCAACAAAUAUAUCGCGCUGUGACCUUUAUGCACACCAAAAUAUAGCAAAGAUUUUAAUGCCUCUUCAUUAUAUCAUCAUCUUCAUCGUUGGACUCCUUGGCAACUUACUGGCCUUGUCUGUCAUUUUUCAGAACAGAAAAAAAAUCAAUUCCACCACUCUUUAUUCAACAAACCUCGUCAUUUCUGAUAUACUUUUUACUACUGCUCUGCCAACCCGGAUAGUAUACUAUGCUUUGGGAUUUGACUGGAGAAUUGGUGAAAGCUCCUGUAGGAUAACUGCCCUUAUAUUUUACAUUAAUGCUUAUGCAGGUGUGAACUUCAUGACUUGUUUGAGCAUCGACAGAUUCUUUGCUGUGGUCCACCCUCUUCGAUACAACAAGAUGAAAAGAACCAAACAUGCCAAAUGUGUGUGCAUUUUUGUCUGGAUUCUUGUAUUUGGUCAAACACUGCCACUACUCAUACAUUCUAUGUCAAAGGAAGAAAAUGGAAGGAUAACAUGCAUGGAAUAUCCAAACUUUGAAGAUAUACAAAAUCUUCCCUGGAUUCUUCUUGGUGCCUGUUUAAUAGGUUAUGCUAUUCCACUUGUAAUCAUACUAAUUUGCUAUUCUCAAAUUUGUUGUAAACUUUUCCAAACUGCCAAACAAAAUCCACUAACUGAGAAAUCAGGGGUAAACAAAAAGGCUCUCAACACAAUUGUUUUCAUAAUUAUUGUUUUUGUUGUCUGUUUCACACCUUAUCAUAUUGCAAUUGUCCAACAUAUGAUUAAGAAGCUGCAAAAAGAACCAGACUGUAAAGAACAACAUAUAUUUCAGAUUUCCCUCCAUUUUACUGUAUGCCUGAUGAACUUCAACUGUUGCAUGGACCCUUUUAUAUAUUUCUUUGCAUGUAAAGGUUACAAAAGAAGAGUAAUGAAAUUGCUGAAACGUCAAGUCAGUGUGUCGAUUUCAAGUGCUAAUAAGUCAGCUCCUGAUGAAAACUCACGUGAAAUGACAGAAAAUCAAGCAAUGAUCUACUCUAAGUCUUCAAACGGGAGGACUUGAUUCCUGCCCCAGAAAUUCAUCCUUUAAAGAAACACCAAAGACAAAGUUGCUCUAAAAUUUUUUUUUGAAAUCCACCACAUGCUACGGAACUUACAUUGAAGAAUUCUGCCCAACUAUAGCUAACUUCUACCAUUACACAGAAAACUCUUCACUGUGGAACUACUUCUCAACUUGGAUGUACUCUUUUCCCUGAGGCUUCACUUUCUGACUGGCUGGUUUGUGUCAGAAACUUCCAUUUAAAGAGGACACCCAACCCAAUCAUGUCUUUAUCCCUUUUCAGGCAAACUGCAGAUUCAAUUCCAAAAUACUUUCUCCAUCAUGCUCUCUCAUGGGUUUCCUUAUUCUUCCUAUCCACUUUUCAGCUCUUUAAUAUAAUGUCAUUUCCUGUUAGAAUUUAAGCUCCUUAAGGGCAAAAACUUUGAUUUUACUUAUUUGUAGUGGCAGCACUUAGCAUGGUGCUGGGAACAUAACAACAAGCACGUAAAUACUUCUUGGGUGACUUUUUUUUUAAUUUAUGUUUUUCAUUUUCUAAACAUAUGCAAGAAUAAUUUUUCAACAUUGACCCUUGAAAAACCUUUUGUUCUAAUUUUUCUCCCUCUUUCCCCCACCCCCUCCCCACAAGGCAUUUCAUCUAAUAUAUGUUAAACAUGGUAAAAAUAUAAGUUAAAUCCAAUAUGGGCAUACAUAUUUAUACAAUUAUCUUGCAGCACAAUGGCAAAUCAGAUCAAAAAGUUUAAAAAUAUGAGAAAGAAAAUAAAAUGCAAGCAAACCACAACAAAAAGAGUGAGAAUACUAUGUUGUGAUCCACACUCAGUUCCCAUAAUCCUCUCUCUGUGUAGAUAGCUCAAUUCAUCAUAAGAUCAUUGAAACUGGCCUCAAUCAUCUCAUUGCUAGAAAGAGUCACAGCCAUCAGAAUUGAUCACCAUAUAAUCUUGUUGCCCCGUACAAUGAUCUCCUGGUUCUGCUCAUUUCACUCAGCAUCAGUUCAUGUAGGUCUCUCCAGGUUUCUCUGAAAUCAUCCUGCUGAUUGAUUUUUAUAGAACAAUAAUAUUCCAUAACAUUAAUACAACAUAACUUAUUCAGCCAUUCUCCAGCUGAUGGGCAUAUUCAGUUUCCAGUUUCUCGCCCCUACAAAAAGGACUGUCACAAACAUUUUUUGCACAUGUGGAUCAACACUGCUGGGUCAAAUGGUAUGCACAUUUUGAUGGCCUUUUGAGCAUGAUUCCAAAUUGCUUUCCAGAAUAGUUGGAUCUGUUUCUGUUCACAAUGCCACCAACACUGUAUUAGUGUCCCAGUUUUCCCACAUAACCUCCAAUAUCCUUCAUUAUCUUUUCCUGUCAUCUUUCUUGGCUGACUUUUAAUUGAGUGAUUGCCAGACAUUAAACUAAGAACUGAAUAUACAAAGAAAAGCAAAACAAUAGGAGCUCAUAUUUUAAUGAAGAUAACAUACCAAAAAUUUGUACAUUACAAAAUAUGUACAACCCAAUUGGAAAUACUUAAGAACUGUUAGCAACACAAUGACUAACCCUGAUUCCAGAGAAUCUACCUCUUGAAACAAAGAUAAGACUCAAGGUACAGAAUGAAACAUAUUCAUUGUACAUGGCAGCAGAGGAAGAAUUUGUUUUGCUUGUUUAUGCAUAUUUAUUAUUACAUUUUAAUUUUUUUUCAGUGGGGAAUAUUGGAAGGCAAAAAAAAAGAUUUUCAAGUAAAAACAAUUAAAAUUUAAAAAUAUGUCUACGUAUAUUAACUUUUAUAAUAGAAGAACAAGAUAAUUUCAGAAUCAGCAGUGGGAGAAGGGAAGGAUAGAACAAGAUUUGAUAAAAGUAGAAUGUUGUUACAUCAACAUAAUUCUCCCUUCUCUCAACUCCCAUAGCUGUCUUAUCAUUUAGUACUUGUCAUGUUUUGUAUUAAUGUUUACUUUUUUAAUAACAGGACAUUUUAAUGCUGGACAUUAGGAAGUAGCAUAAUACAGAGGAAAGAGAACUAGAUUUCAAAUCAGAAGGUUUGAUGCUCAAAUUUUGUAAUUCUUAGUUCAAAACCUAGUUCUGCCUAUAAUUUAAUUUGUCUGGAUCUCAGUUUCCUCACCUUUAAAGGAACUAGAAUAGAAGCUCUCUAAGGUUCCUUCUGGCUCUAAAUUUAGAGUGCUCUAUGUAAUGUUUUACAUUAUACUGAUUAUAAUCAGUAUACAGUAUACAGUAAACUGAUUAUAUUUCUGUUGUCUUUGAUUAUGAGCUUCUUAAUGGUGCUAUACUUCUUUUUACUUUUCAUAGGGCCUAGCAGUGCUGCAGAUAACAGCAAAUAUUUGAUUGAAUUGAAUAAGCUUUCAUACAAUAUGGGAAAUGUUUGGUUUCUAGCUCUAGUAAGAAAAACUCUUCACAGACAGUUUUUGAAAAAGAUAAUGUGUCAUCAAAAUGAAACUAUGUGAAAUCUGAGCCUUAGUUUUACUCUUAAGUCUUACUUUUGAUGUGUCCUUAUUGCUUGACAACAUCUGUACCACAGUGUUUUCUUUAUGUAACAGUGUGAUGUAUUUCCCAUUGUGUUUAGUGCUUCCUGUAUUAUAUUGCAAAAAUAAAUAAAAUGGUAUUCUGUUCAAUUCAACAAA